GCUCUUGCCAGGACCAGCUCCUCUCCCAGCCCAGCAGGGCUGAGGGCUCUGCCUGCAGGCACUGAGGGGAGAGGAGCCAGGCAGAGACAGGCUGAAGGCAAUCAGGAUUGGGAAGACAUUGAGCUGAGACUUCACCUGGGGAAAGAUCUCCACAGCCCUCUACAUGUGCACGAUGCCCAGAGUGAAGAAAUGUCCAACAGCAGCUCCAUCAGCCACUUCCUCCUGCUGGCAUUGGCAGACACGCGGCAGCUGCAGCUCCUGCACUUCUGCCUCUUCCUCGGCAUCUCCCUGGCUGCCCUCCUGGGCAACGGCCUCAUCAUCAGCGCCAUAGCCUGCGGCCACCACCUGCACACGCCCAUGUUCUUCUUCCUGCUCAACCUGGCCCUCAGCGACCUGGGCUCCAUCUGCACCACUGUCCCCAAAGCCAUGCACAAUUCCCUCUGGGACACCAGCACCAUCUCCUACUCAGGAUGUGCUACUCAGAUCUUCAGGGCCGUGCUGAGGAUCCCCUCUGAGCAGGGACGGCACAAAGCCUUUUCCACCUGCCUGCCUCACUUGGCCGUGCUCUCCCUGUUCCUCAGCACUGGCACAUUUGCCUACCUGAAGCCACCCUCCAUCUCCUCCCCAUCCCUGGACCUGGCCCUGUCAGUUCUGUACUCAGUGGUGCUUCCAGCCCUGAACCCCCUCAUCUACAGCCUGAGGAACCUGGAGCUCAAGGAUACACUGGGAAAACUGGUGACUGUAUCUUCAAAAGCAAUAAAUUCUCUUUUCUUCUGCAGAGCCUUCAGAAUGUAACUCUUUACAAUCUCAGCCUUUUUUCCUCUCUUUUUCUAUUUUUUCUAUUGUAAGUUUUUUCUAUUGUUGUAAUGUUUCUCACAAAAUACUGUAGUACUACUCUUAGCAUUUCUACAUGAAUAUCUACCUUUCUUUUGAAAUACAAAGAU